CUGGGGCCGGGGCGCGGGUGUCCGUCCCGCGUGGCUACGCGUGCAGUGGAGCAUGUGCGGGCCGGUGUGGACACGUGCCGCGGCGCGCUCGGCCGGGGUCGGGCCCGCGCACUCGGCCCGGAGUCGCGGCGGUCGCGCGCCCCGGCGGCUGGGCCGCAGAGCGCACACGCGGCGUGCGGGUCAGGCCCCGCGGCGCGGCCGCGUCUACGCGGCCCCCGGAAACGCCGCCCGCUCGGGGUGGGCGGAAGGGGCAGUCUACCUCCCCCGGGCCCGAAUCCCCGCCCCCCAAAUGCCCGGGCGAUCGGUUUUGGGGGCCCCCGUUUUUGUGCGGGUAACGGGCGGGGCGGCGCCGAGGCCCAAACGGACAGACUGGCGGGCGGCCGGAAGGAGGACGCCCCAGGCCUGGGCCGAGCUGGGCCCACGCCGCCCCCGCCUUGGGAGCUGCGGGUUUAAGAUAAGGGAGCCCCGAGCCCGCGGGUGGAGCCGCCCGGUGGGUCUCAGGGUCUGAGGAUCUGCGUGUGGGCUGGACAGCUCGGCGGCGCGUGUCCACGUACAUGUGCAUUUGUAUUUACGCACGCGCCACGCUGCGUGUGGACAUGUUGGCGCGCGCGCGCGUGUGUGUGUAAACACGCAGUCCACCGGGGCGCGGGUGCGGGGUGUGUACCCACACCACAGGUCGCCGUUUUGCAGACGGUGCUCUCGCGUGCGCACACAUGUGUACAGGUGUUGUGUCGGAGCCCCACACUACAGCUACGUGUGCAUCUGUGUAUCCUGCUCCAGAGGCGUGUCCAGGUGCUCUCCUCUGUGCUGGCCGGCGAAUCUACCUGCACAGUGCAUGGCAUGAUAUACACGGUUCAGUAGCUUCUAGCUUUCAGCCAGCUGGGCAGGAGGUGGGGCUGCCCCAGCCUGGCCCCCACCUCCCCAGGCCUCCCUGACCCAUAGGGCACUAGUGCCCAGGGCUUGUGCUGCCAAGAGGCCACCUGGCCUUCCCUACUCUGCCGCCCCAGAAGUAACCCAGGAUGGUAUCUAGGGAUGAGGCCAGAGCCCCUUGAGCUCUUCCCCUCACAAGUGUAAGGUCACAGCCCCAGCCAGUCUGUAGAGUCUGUGCCCAGUCCAGGCUUCAGAGCCUGGUUUCUAGAUGGGGAGCAAGCUCAGGGAAGGUAUUUGGGCCGUAGGAGGGACAGGGAGCCAGGGUACUCUGGAGUUCAGCUUCCUGGGGGUGGGAUGGGGAUCAGAAUUGCUGCCCGAAGGUUGGGACAGUCUGGGGAGGCAGUGGCCUGUUCACCCAGGGGAAUCCUUGCUCACUUUCCUACCAGAGAUCUCAGGGGGACUGCUAACCCUGCGGUGGUCCUCACAUCACAAGAUGGGAGGCUGCUCUGGCUCUCUGAGCAGGUCCCACUCUCUGGCCUCAGUUUCCUCAGCUGUACCUGGGGCAUGUGAGUUGACCUCUAAGGAGAGAAUGGCCAACCCCGGCAGCCCCACCCUGCAGGAAGCUCCCUAAUCAGCCCGUUUGUCUCAAGAACUGGAUGUGGCAAAACUUGCAAAACCACAUUCAUGGCAGUUUACUUGAGUCCCACAUCUGCAUACACGGCUCCCCCGCCUGCCUGGGUCUGGGCAGGCAGGUAGUGUCCGGUCUGCCUGGGGCUGGGCAGGCAGGUGUCCGGUGGGAAGCGGCCCUGCCUGUCGGCAGUCUCAGCCCAGCCCACAGAGCCUGGCACCAGCCUGGCAGUUACUCAGGCAGCACUGGUUGGUGUCGCUUGGUCACAAGACUUGAAAAUGUAACUUUGAAAAUGAAAAUGCCUGGGGAAGAACUCUGAUCUCAGGAGGGGCAGGAGCAGCUUGCAGACUGGGGAGCUCUGGUGGCCCCCAGGGUAGGAGCCCUGUGUGCCAGGCUCCCUGAGUCUCAAUUUCACCAUGUGUAAAAUGGGGAGGCGGAUAGUAGGGGGGUCUACUUAAGGUAAAAAUGGAUUGUGAACAUCCAAUCCUUAGGUCUUCCUGGGAGUGACUGGGGUUCCUUGUGGUAAACUCCCCUCUGUGCCCUCCUCCCUGGCUGGCUGCACACUUGGACUGAGGGCUGGUGCAGCAGGAGCCCUUGUUUUGGGGUCAUACUCUCUGUGAUUCAGGUGUUAAUGGGGACAGAAGCCUGCUGGAGGGGGACCUGUGUGCUUUAAGGUUGGGGGUGCUUUAGGAAGGCAGGAAAAGGGCAGCCGUUUCUCCCUGGAAUCCUCACACACAGCAAUGGCCUUCAGAAUUGCCGUUGGGGGAGGAAUGGUUUGGUGUGUCCCUUGGGGCUCCUGGGGGUGUGUGUCACAAGGAGGUGCUUAGAGAUCAAGGCCCUCCCCCCAGCUCCCACACCCAUGUUUGGGGACACUGGGGUAGGGCAUCUCCAGCAGGAAAUUCCCAGAGUAAUUCACUUGAAUUUAAUAAUAAAACCCCUAGGGUAAGCCCUAGAAGCCAGGCUGGGUUUCUGGGUGUGUUGGGAGUGGGGGAGGGGCUGAUAGCGCUGGGCUGUGGGGUGGUGAGCCCGAGCGGGGAGCCAUGGAGGGCAGAGCUGCCUGCAGACCCUUCACACACUUGACGGGCUCCCUCACCCAGCACUUUCGCAAGAGCAGCUGGUUCCUUUAUUUUCCUGGACGCCUCUCCUGCAGGGGUCGAACCAGGACACACCAAUGCCAGCGGAGGCCACCCUGGGGCCCCUCCUCCCAGCCCCCCAGGGUCACUAGAGGAGCUUGUCUGACCCAGGCCAACUGCCACCCCCUUUCCCACCCACUUCUCACAGUCCUGGGUGCAAACCCCACUUCAGCCUUCCUCCUGCUCCACCACCUUGAGAACAUUCCAAGGAAGGCUCAGGUAACUGGACAGGGGUGCAAACCCCAGACCAUCCUACUUAAUUCCGGCUCUCCCAGCUGGACCGUGGAUCUCCGGAGGUCACUGCUGCUAGGGAGGGGAACCUGCAAGCCACCUAGUCCCAUCACCCUGUGGUGCAGACGGAGAAACCGAGAACCAGGGCAGAGUCCCUUGGCCAGCCUAGGAAAGGAGCAGACGGCCCUCAGCGCCUUUUUCCAAGAGACCAACAUCCCCUACAGCCACCAUCACCACCAGAUGAUGUGCACUCCAGCCAACACCCCCGCCACGCCCCCCAACUUCCCUGAUGCCCUCACCAUGUUCUCCCGUCUCAAGGCCUCCGAGAGCUUCCACAGCGGAGGCAGCGGCAGCCCGAUGGCCGCCACGGCCACGUCGCCCCCGCCGCACUUCCCACUCGCCGCCACCGGCAGCUUCGCGGCACCCAGCUGGCCGGCUGCGGCCUCGCCCCCAGGGGGGGCACAGCACCACCAGCCGCAGCAGCCGCCCCUGUGGACUCCGGCACCCCCUUCCCCGGUGUCAGACUGGCCGCCCCUGGUCCCCCAACAGGCCGCCUCAGAACCCAGAGCCCACCCUGCCAUGGAGGCCGAGAGAUAAGGGAGGCCCCUCCCCCCUCCCGGAGGCCAGAACCCCGUGGGGCGGGGGAGAGGACGUCUCUGCGGGCCCCCUUCACCCUCCUCUGUCUGCACCCCCAUUCCCCAGAGCCCUGG